AUGGGCAAGGCCGCCGUUCUCGUCGUCUCCGCUGUAGUGCUCGUGGCCUGUGUAGCCACUGUCGGCGUCGUCACCGUUUCUAACCGCCAAGCCGCCGAUUCUUCUAAACCGCAAAUGGCCGAGCUGUCCACCUCGCAGAAGAACAUCCAACAGUUCUGCCAGCCCACCGACUACCGGCAGACUUGCGAGACCACGCUCUCCUCCGUCGCCGGCGACAACACCGACCCCAAGGACCUCGUCGAACUGGUCUUCAACAUCACCAUCGACCACAUCAAGAAGGCCUUCGACCACUCCUCCACUAUUCAGGAAGCUGCCAAGGACCCCCGCACCUCCGAGGCCCUCGAGAACUGCCGCGAGCUCCUCGACUAUGCCAUCGGCGACCUCCGUACCUCGGUCGACAGACUCGAGGACUUCUCCAUGGAGAAGAUCGACAAGUUCAUCGACGACCUCAAGGUCUGGAUCAGCGCCACCAUCACCUACCAGGAGACGUGCCUCGACGGGUUCGAGGGCGCCGACACUGACGCCGCGGCGUCGAUGCGCAAGGCGCUGAACAGCUCGGCCGAGCUCACCAGCAACGUUCUCGCCAUCGUCACCAGCUUCGGAGAUACACUCGAAAAGUUCGAACUCGGUAACUUGAAUCGCAAGCUCCUCGCAGUCGAUGCGGAGUCGUUCCCUUCGUGGGUCUCCGGCGGCAAGCGAAGGCUCCUUCAGCAGAGCCCGGCCGAGCUGAAGCCCGAUGUCACAGUGGCCCAGGAUGGCUCCGGCGACGUCACGACCAUCGCCGACGCCCUGCUACGAGUUCCCCAGAACAGCGCCAAGAUCGUGGUUAUGUACAUCAAGGAAGGAGUGUACAAUGAGAAGGUCGAGAUCGGCCGGAGCUAUACCAACUUAAUGAUGGUCGGCGACGGGCCGACUAAGACCAAGAUCACCGGCAGCCUCAACUUCAUCGAUGGCGUCGCCACCUUCAAAACCGCCACCGUCGCUGUGGUCGGAGAUGGAUUCAUCGCCAAGGACUUGUGGAUCGAGAACUCAGCCGGUGCAGAGAAGCACCAGGCUGUGGCACUGCGAGUGCAGUCGGACAAGUCGGUCUUCUACAACGUCAGGCUCGACGGUUACCAGGACACUCUGUACGUGCACACCCACAGGCAGUUCUACCGCGAAUGCACCAUCACCGGCACCAUCGACUUCAUCUUCGGCGACUCUGCCUCCAUCUUCCAGAACUGCCUCAUCUUGGCCAGGAAGCCUAUGGACAACCAGCAGAACAUUGUGACGGCGCAGGGGCGCAAGGACCGACGAUCCACCGGCGGCAUCAUCCUCCACAACUGCACCAUCAGCGCUGACCCAGAAUACUACCCCUUCCGCGACAAGCUUCCCACCUUCCUUGGCCGCCCAUGGAAGGAGUACUCCAGGACCUUCGUGAUGCAGUCGCAAUUGGACGACCUGAUCAACCCCAAGGGGUGGCUGCCGUGGUUGGGCGACUUCGGCCUCGACACUUGCUUCUACACUGAGAUCGACAACCGUGGACCCGGAGCUGACAAAAGCCAGAGGGCGACGUGGCGGGGAGUGAAGAACGUUGACCUCAUCCACGCCCAAAAGUUCACCGUCGAGAGAUUCAUCCAAGGCAAGACGUGGCUGCCGCAGACCGGUGUGCCCUUCAUCGCCGGCCUGCUGCCGCCGUCGGGAUCUACUAAUUAA